UGUGUUGUUACAACUUUUAUUUUGACUUCUAAGAUGGAAUUGUCAGCCACCUGAAGAAGCAGGCAGGACCAGCUUCAGUGCCUCUCAGGACUGAGGAAGAAUUUAAGAAAUUCAUUAGUGAUAAAGAUGCAUCUGUAGUAGGUUUUUUCGAUGAUUUAUUCAGUGAAGCUCACUCUGAGUUCCUAAAAGCAGCCAGCAACUUGAGGGAUAACUACCGAUUUGCACAUACGAAUGUUAAGUCUCUGGUGAACGAGUAUGAUGAUAAUGGAGAGGGUAUCAUCUUAUUUCGUCCUUCACAUCUGACUAACAAGUUUGAGGACAAAACUGUGGCAUACACAGAGCAAAAAAUGACCAGUGGCAAAAUUAAAAAGUUCAUCCAGGAAAACAUUUUCGGUAUCUGCCCUCACAUGACAGAAGACAAUAAAGAUUUGAUACAGGGCAAGGACUUACUUAUUGCUUACUAUGAUGUGGACUAUGAAAAGAAUGCUAAAGGUUCCAACUACUGGAGAAACAGGGUAAUGAUGGUGGCAAAGAAAUUUCUGGAUGCUGGGCACAAACUCAACUUUGCUGUAGCUAGCCGCAAAACCUUUAGCCAUGAACUUUCUGAUUUUGGCUUGGAGAGCACUGCUGGAGAGAUUCCUGUUGUUGCUAUCAGAACUGCUAAAGGAGAGAAGUUUGUCAUGCAGGAGGAGUUCUCGCGUGAUGGGAAGGCUCUGGAGAGGUUCCUGCAGGAUUACUUUGAUGGCAAUCUGAAGAGAUACCUGAAGUCUGAACCUAUCCCAGAGAGCAAUGAUGGGCCUGUAAAGGUAGUGGUAGCAGAGAAUUUUGAUGAAAUAGUGAAUAAUGAAAAUAAAGAUGUACUGAUUGAAUUUUAUGCUCCUUGGUGUGGUCACUGUAAGAAUCUGGAGCCCAAGUAUAAAGAACUUGGAGAGAAGCUCAGCAAAGACCCAAAUAUCGUCAUAGCCAAGAUGGAUGCCACAGCCAAUGAUGUGCCUUCUCCAUAUGAAGUCAGAGGUUUUCCUACCAUAUACUUCUCUCCAGCCAACAAGAAGCUAAAUCCAAAGAAAUAUGAAGUAAGUGAAUUGUCCCAUAUCCCCACAAAUACAUACACAGACAUAAACACACACUCUUAAACAUAGUUCUUUAAU